CAUCCCCAUUAUCUUCAAUUCUCAUCAACCUUCAAUGUUUCUCUAAAUCUCCAGCGCAAACCACCAUUCAUCUACUAACCAGCCAAUGCAAAAGCAAACUAUUCACAAAAUGCGACAUCCUACGUAAUACUACUCUAACCGAUUUACCGAUAAUGUCUUCUAAGAAACUUACCGACUUUCCUGACGUCGAGGCGAAACUCCAGAAGCCGUCGAAGCAAUCCGCGUUCGAGAAGCAGAAAGCUGAUGCCGAGGCCAAACGUAAGAGAGAAGCUGCUGAGACCGCUGCAGUAUACGAGAGUUUUGUUAAGAGUUUCGAUCACGACGAUGACGAGGAUGACAAUACAGGCCCUACUUCCCGUCCACCACUUGCGUUUGGUGCUCGACCUCAAGGAGGUCCUCCCGGUCGCGAAGGUGGUAGGCCAGUACCGCCAAAGAGAUAUUUUGGCGGUGGGCCAGGCUUGAAGAGUGGCCCUGGAUCUUUGGGCCCCCCUCCGACGUCCUUUGGUAGCAAGAGGAGGCUCGACAACUAUCAACAGGGAUUCAAUAGGAGAGCUGCGGAUGAUACACGGGGUCGGCUUGGAUUCCACAACGAUGACGAUAGCGACGGUGGCCAUGUUCCACGACCUAAGGUUAUUUCCAAAGUUUUUAACGCGAGCGAUGACGAAGGCGACACGAGAUCGAGGGAUUUGGCCGAGCAAAAGGCUAUAGCGAAGCCCACGCUCCGCCUAGCGAAUCUUCCACCGGGGACAUCUCUUGCAGUGAUAAAAGCUCUUAUGCCGCCGAGCUUAACUGUAGAGCAUGUGAAGAUCCUACCCCCCACUGUAGGAAGCACAGAGAGAAAAUCAAUAGCCGCUAUUGUUACGCUGUCUAAGGAAACCCCCGCUACAGAUAUCGACGCGACGGUCAGUUCUCUACAGAAUCGAUAUCUCGGUUACGGUUUCUAUCUGUCGCUACACAGGCAUCUAUCGUCUGCUGUGGUAUCCGCCAUGGCUCCGUCGAGUCUCACAUCUUCGUCUACCUCUCAUGCCUUCGGCGCAAAGCCGGUCCCGCAAGCUAAUGAUAGUAAUUCUCAUCAUCCGGGUGGGUUUCACCGCGGGUUUGCCCCCCCAACGUCUUAUAGUUCAGGAGGAGGACCAAUCAGUCGAACUAUCUUCCACGUCCCAGUGCAAGCGCCGAAAGAUAUCAAACAACUCCAACUAAUUCAUAAAGUCGUUGAAUCUGUGUUAGAUCAUGGCCCAGAGUUUGAGGCCCUUUUGAUGUCGCGGCCCGAUGUACAAAAAGAAGAGAAAUGGGCCUGGCUCUGGGAUGCACGCAGUGAAGGUGGAGUCUGGUAUCGGUGGCGACUCUGGGAGGUGAUCACAGGCGGCCAAGCCAAGGUCGGCCGACAGGGGAAAUACAUACCGCUAUUCGAAGGUAGCCAUGCUUGGAGGGUACCUGAAAAGGAUCUUCCCUACGAAUACGCUACUGCUAUCGACGAGUUCGUAUCAGACUCGGAGUACAACUCUUCUGACGAAGAAGACUAUGAGGACGAAGGGCACAAACCGGUGGAUGGUGGCGAUAACGAAAAUACUUACUUGAACCCACUCGACAAAACAAGAUUGACGCAUUUGCUAGCUCGUCUCCCGACGACAUUGUCAAAGAUUCGAAAGGGCGACAUUGCCAGGGUGACAACUUUUGCCAUUACCCAUGCAAGCAGAGGCGCAGACGAGAUUGUAAACAUGAUCGUGGCCAACAUCACCAAGCCAUUUGCGUUAACUUUGGCAAACCCAGAGCGUGGUAAACCUAGUAAAAAUGGAGAAGACCACGGAGAGUCGCUCAACUCGACACCCUUUCCCGACGACGCAAAUGCAAAGCUAAACGAAACCCAGGAUACAAGUGCUGCCAGUCUUAUUGGGUUGUAUGUCGUGAGCGAUAUUCUCUCGUCAUCCGCUACGAGCGGGGUUCGGCAUGCCUGGAGGUACCGCCAGCUCUUCGAGGUAUCUUUUAAAAAUAACAACGUCUUUGAGAUUUUGGGCCUUACAGCAGAACGCCUCAAUUGGGGUCGUCUGAGAGCAGAUAAAUGGAAACGAAGUGUGAAGCUAGUAUUAGGUUUGUGGGAAGGAUGGUGCGCGUUUCCGCACGAGAGCCAACAGUUCUUCAAUGAGACAUUUGAAAAUCCCCCGAGUGCGAAGAAGGAGGAGCAGGUUGAUGAGACCGCUAGGAAAGGCAAAUGGAAAACUGUGGAAGCCGGUAGUUUGGCUACGACACAAAUCGAAGGGAAAGGAUUCGUGCCUCUACUUGCAACUGGGGAAGUGCGAUAUGAUAACGAGGCCGCUAAGAUGGAUAUUGACGACGUGGAUGGUGAAGCGAUGGAUGAGCAUAUGUCAAUGGACGAGGCGGACCUGGAUACCGACAUCGAUGGCGUUCCAAUGGAUGAUAGUGAAGAUGGAGAACCCAUGGACGAAAGCGAAACGAAAGAUGCGGAACGAGAUAACUCGGUUGGCAAAACGGCGGACAAGGGCAGUCAAAGCGGCGAAGGAAAAGAUGCUGAAGAUACUGAAAAGGCCGGCUCAAGUAGCUUGUCCAAGGAGCAAUCUGCUAGGGCCCAGUCCAGGAGGCGUAUGAGAGCCGUCGAUAUGUUUGCAGACUCUGAUAACUCUGACAAUGGAAAAUGAUCUGGCAGCGCAAGGCACGGAGUCAAUCCCAUUCAUACACCAUUGACAACGAACCAGGGCUAUCAACAAAAUCAAACCUUACCUGUGCAAACAUAGGUCCCGCGUUAGGAGAGUCGGACCUAGACCGUGCUUUAUAUUUGAAUGCGGUUGUCUUUAUCAAAUAUAGAGUGACUGAUAAGCAGGGUCUGUUGAUGGCUUUAUCUCGUACUUGAAGCUCACUAAAAAUACCAAUGGCUAUGUGCCGUGAUGAUGACGCUUGUGCAGUCGGGAUACCAACAUAUCCAGGCCGCCAGAAAUUCUUAGCAGACCUCUACGAUUCACUAGCUACACGCAGAGUGGUUUAAGCAGUCAGAGGGGCACGCCUUCUUGUGUAAUAGAUGUUUCGUAUUUACAAGACUUGAAGGCGUGGUGUAUGGGCGUCAUUGGCCAGCCAGAUGGUGAACCAGGUAUUAGGGGCAACUUCGUGAGACAGUACGUGUAUAUUUGGUUCUGCAUUGAUACAUGUGUUGACCUAAAGUGAUUGAUAUCAUCUCUCUAAGAGUGACCCGGG